UCCCAAAUCGACGGCGCAGGAUGAAGACGAUCGCGACGCUUCUUGCCGUGGCGCUGGCUGUACAUCAAGCCCAUGGAGACCCCGCGGCUGCUGCCGCGGCAGCGACCGCCAACUUCGAAGGAAAAAUGGCCGAUCAUGCAAAGAACUUGCACAAGUUCAUGCCAAACCCCACCGGUCCUGGCUUCCGCGACAAAGGCUUGACGGGGGAUGCAGAGUUUGCCCAAAUGGAUAGAUUUGGGAUCCCAGAUUUGAACAACCCCACGACACAUGAGCUCACCGACCUAAACUUUGACAAAGCGAUCGAAGGCGACAAGUACGUUGCUGUCUUGUUCUACGCACCCUCGAUGGAAGACUACGACUUUUAUGCUCUCCACUGGGAAAAGGCUAGCAUGGAAAUGACUGAAGGCAUUAAAUCGUUUACGAGUGCCACCAUCAAUAUGGCUCGUCUCGACAUCUCGGAGCCCGAGCACCAUGACAUCGCACAGACGUAUGAUGUUUCAACGACCAAGCCCGACAUGCGGCUCUUCUUCAAUGGAACUCAGCUCACGCCUAUCACAAGCCCCGUGUCACACCACGACAUUCGGCAGUUCAUCAUUGCGCAAACGAUUCCAUCAGUGACGCACCUCACCUCGGACCCCGAGUUGAAGAAGUGGAGGCGUCGCAAGGUGUUCAACCAAGCCAACAUUAAGUUUCUCGCGCAUGUUGCCAACCCCGAUAUCCUCUCGGUCUUGAAGGUGGUUGCGUCGGAACUCAAAGCAAAGGUUCAAUUCGCGUACGUGUCAGAUCUGAACUUGUUCCGUUCGACUGCUGGAGUUGACAACGAAGACGCUGCCGCUGGUGGCAUCUACUUGCUUCGAGACUUUGCCUCGCCCAAGGUCGUGCCGUUCCCAUCGGACCGCGCGUUUGAGCUGGACGCGGUGGUCUCUUUUAUUGAAGACCACAAUACACCCUUGCUCACGAACAUGGCCGACAAGGACGAGUACAAAGUGCGCCUGUUCCUGGACCACAAGAAACCAUAUCGAGCGUUGGCAUUCUUCAAGACAAACGACGCCCUCGUGGCCGCGACACCCGCGCUAGAAGCGCUGGCGCGGGAAUUUAAAGACGACAUUUUAGUCGCGUACACGGUCGAAGACCCUGAAGACGCGAUGAACUUCGACUACCAGUUUUGGGACGUUCCAAGCAACAAGCCAGCUCUCUUAGUUGUUCACAUGAAGCGCGAUCGCAAGUUUUUGCUGUCGAGCGACACGGCCCACGACCUCCCCAACAUGCGAACCCUUGUCGCAGACGUGUUGGGCAAGCGUGCUAUGGCCGAACUCAAGUCGCAGACGCCGCCGACGCCAAACACCGGCCUCGUCCGCGUCGUCGUCACCAAGACAUGGGACGACGAAGUUCGGAAGAACCGCAGGCAGGACGUGCUGGUCCUAUUGACCAAGGGCAACAAUCACCCGCCGUCCAGGUGGAUGUCACGCCACUUGGAGCGUUUUGCCAAGGUAUGGCGACGCGAGGACAAGCUUCUUGUGGCGACCAUGGACAUGACGCAGAACGAUUUGCUCGAACUGGAUGACGCGUCCUGGUCAAACCUGCCCAAACUGUACUAUGUCCGUCAGCAUUCGCAGGACGCGUUUGAGAACGAGCUGACUGUGGCGUACCCGACAAUGGAAAACCUGAUGGAGUUUGUCCAAACUCACCAGAGCCAUCCGUUGACCGUCGACGACAAGGUAUGGACCCGGUUGAACGCUGAAGACAAGGAAGCGCUUGCGAAGCACAAGGCCAAGAUGGCCAAAGGAGACGACGUCGAAGCGCCCGAAGACAUUUUGAAGGAACUGGAAGCGGAACUCCAGACACUCCAGAAACCCGUCGUCUCGGCCGAAGAAGUCGUGCCUCUGCAUGACGAGCUCUAAUCCUUGUACAAUACAUCGUUAUGCGGCGCGAAGUGUGUGCGAAGGCGUUGGGCAUCUUGUGUCGUCCUACGGCUUCCCCACGUGCUGUCGA